GGUAAGCAACUCUUAAUUAUUGAUUGCCGGAAAGAAAUGCCGACCAGGAUGAGAGAAUAUUCCCAUCAGGAAAAAGACAUGGCUCUACAUCCUGUGUUAUACAUAGAUGUAAAAUGCCUACUAUAAUCUGAACUCACCUUUACUUUCCUCAUGGAGCUUCAAUGGCCUUCUUUCCAGGUCCUGUUUACUUUUUCUCUAUUUAUAAUUAUGGCACUGAAAAUAGUGAAGAGAGGCAAAACCAAAGACUCCGCUAUAAAUCUACCCCCGGGGCCAUGGAAGCUACCUUUUAUAGGAAACAUACACCAGCUCGUUGGCUCUCAACCCCAUCAUGCACUACGAAACUUGGCGAACAGAUAUGGACCUCUCAUGCAUCUAAGGCUGGGAGAAGUUUUAACCAUAGUUGUUUCGUCAGCGGAGUAUGCUAAAGAAGUGAUGAAAACCCAUGAUGUUAUGUUUGCAUCAAGGCCCCCUCUCCUUGCUUCAACGAUCAUGUCUUAUGGUUCUACAAACAUUGGCUUUGCACCAUAUGGUGAUUACUGGAGACAACUGCGAAAAAUUUGUACACUAGAGCUUUUAAGCCCAAAGCGUGUUCAAGGGUUCCGGCCUAUUAGGGAAGAAGAGGCAAUGAAGCUCAUGGAAUGGAUUGCUUUGAGAGAAGGAUCACCUAUUAAUCUCACUGAGGAAAUUUACUCAUCCACAUAUACAGUCACUUCCCGAGCAGCCUUUGGUAAGAAAAACAAAGAUCAUGAAAAAUUCAUAUAUGCUGUGAAGGAAUCUAUAAAGGUGGCAGCAGGCUUUGAUCUUGCAGAUGUUUUUCCUUCUGUCAAACUGCUUAAUCUGAUAGGUGGAAUUAGGCCUAAACUUGAGAGGCUACAUAAAGAAACUGACAGGAUAAUGGAAAACAUCAUCAAAGAACAUAAAAAAGAUAGAGCAACAUCAGAAAGUGGUGAAGGUAAAGCAGAGGAAGACCUGGUAGAUGUUCUCCUAAAAUUUCACGAGCGUGGCAAUGGCUUUGAGUUUUCCCUAACUACUGACAACAUCAAAGCUGUAAUCUUGGACAUUUUUGGUGCUGGGAGUGAGACAUCAGCUACAGCUGUAGAUUGGGCAAUGUCAGAAAUGAUAAAGAAUCCCAGAAUAAUGAAAAUAGCACAGGAUGAGGUGAGGGAAGUGUUCAAUACAAAAGGUCAGGUAGAUGAAACAUGCAUUAGAGAGAUGAAAUAUUUAAACUCAGUAAUUAAAGAGACCCUGAGGUUACAUCCUCCUGCUCCCCUCUUACUUCCAAGAGAAUGCAGAGAAAGUUGUGAGAUUAAUGGAUAUGAAAUACCUGUCAAAACCAAGGUCAUUGUCAAUGGAUGGGCAAUUGGUAGAGAUCCCAAUUACUGGACUGAACCUGAGAUAUUUUAUCCAGAGAGGUUCCUUGAUAGCUCCAUUGACUACACGGGAACCAACUUUGAGUAUAUCCCAUUUGGUUCUGGUAGGAGAAUAUGCCCUGGCAUAUCAUAUGGCCUGGCCAACGUUGAGCUCCCGCUUGCAUUUUUGUUAUACCAUUUUGAUUGGAAACUCCCAAAUGGAAAAAAUCAUGAAGAUCUGGACAUGACCGAGGCUUUUGGUAUUACAGUCCGAAGGAAAGAAGAUCUGCACUUGAUUCCCAUUCCUUAUCAUCCUCCGCCUACUGAAAAAUCGCACGAAUAAAACAAAGUAAAGUCCAGUCCGAAGGAAAGAAGAUCUGCACUUGAUUCCCAUUCCUUAUCAUCCUCCGCCUACUGAAAAAUCGCACGAAUAAAACAAAGUAAAGUCUAUUUGUUUAUGUGUUAUCCCGUGCUAGAAGGAUUACAAUGCGUUGUAGUCGCAUUAUAACAAUCAAAGAAUUGAGAACCAUAUCAAUUCAUCUACUAUAAUCAUGAGCAAAUUUGAAGACCUGCAUAUAUACUUUUUAGUCCUGGAUUUGAAAACACUUUCCUGAUGUUUUGUUA